CGAAAUUGAAAAAAAAAUUAAGGAAAAAAUGAAUAAUGUUGUAAUACUAGAACACGAUGUCAAAACAAAUAAUAAACAAAUACUUAAACUUAACGCAGAAAUGUCAAAACUUGAGGAAUAUAAAAAGGAAUUGAAUGAUAUUAAUACUAAAAUAGAAGACCAAGAAAUAGUGCAAAAUAAAAUUAAAGAAAUAAAUGAAGAACUAGAAAAAUACACAGAACCAAUGAAGAACGAAGUGGAACAAUUUGAAAAUCAAAAUAGAAAAAAUAAAAAAAUAAUUAAGCAAUUGGAAAAGGAGAGGAUCAAAUAUAUGAAAGAUAAUGAACAAGCAAAUGGGAAAUUGGAGGAACGAAUUUUUUAUAAAACCUUUAAUAUUCAGAAAUUCUCGGACAUGAAAGAAGAAUUGGGUAAUGUUUUAAAUUUAGAUUAUUUAAAAAAACUGAAUAAAUAA